AUGGCCUCGUCGGCGGUGAAGACGCUGCUCGACCUGUUCGACCUGCGCGACCCUCUGCCCACCCCACCAUGCCUCCUGCGCGCCUUCUACCUCGCUGCUUCUCUCCUUAUUGCUGUCAUACAGGCCGUUCCUGCCCUGCGCAGCCGCUUCCUGGCCUAUGGCUCCCGUGCGACGUCACCGUCCGGUCAGCCAUCAGCAGCACCGACCCAGGCCCCCCUCCUCAGCCAGCUCCUCGACUGCGCUGCAGCCAUUCAGGUCCCGCACAACUACUUCACCCAUUUCUACCUCCUCUCAGUGGCAUGCUCCCUCUUCUGGGCAUGGCGCCUGCAGCUGUGGUCUGCCAACCCCCAGCUGCAGAUCGUCUGGGCGCUCAUGCUUCUGCAAGGUGUCCGCCGUAUGCUUGAGUCCAACGCCUACACAUCAACGAGCAGGAGCACCAUGUCCUUCGCCCACUGGCUGCUCGGUCUCGUCUUCUACCUAACCAUCAAUGUCGCCGUCUGGAUAGAGCAUCCUGCUGGCAGUCUCACCCAUUGGGCUUCCACUGCGCUGCUCCCUGCCAUCAUCACGGCGCAUGUGCUCCAGCACUCGUACCACGCCUACCUGUAUCGUUUGCGCGCCGAGAACAAGGGCUACCAACUCCCACUGCACCCGCUCUUCUCCAACUUGCUGUGCCCCCACUACUCGUGCGAGACGGCCAUCUACCUUCUGCUCUCUUUUCUAGCGGCUCCUGAGGGCAGGGUGAUCAACUGGACGCUGUUCUGCGCCACCAUAUUCGUAGCUGUCAAUCUGGGCGUCACAGCGAUAGGCACCAAGGAGUGGUAUAUCGAGAAGUUCGGCAGAGACAAGGUAGGUCCGAGGAAGAGGAUGGUGCCCGGCAUCUGGUAG